AUGGACGCUCUCCUCGGCAGCAUGCCUCGGAGCGCAAGGCCUAACACACCAACCGACCGCGUCUUCGGCGAGGAGUUUGCGGGCUCCGGCAGCAGACGACCUGGUAGGAGGCCAGGCCUGGAUUUCAGCCAAAUGGCGACGACCGAUGGAAUGCUAAAUCCCACCCUCGCCAACAAACCCUCCGAGGCGUCACCUCUCGCUGUACAACAAGAAGAGACAUUUGCCCAGUACCCGCGCUUGAACCCCGCAUAUGGACGCACUGUAGAGUUGGAUGUCAACCGCGGACGUGAUAUUGUGAGGGGCAUCGGCAUGUUGGGAAGUUUAAUGGCAAGGAACAAGGUCAAGAGCGACUUCAACAAGCAGAAGUUCCACGAAAGAGGCGGACUGAAGCGGAAGCGGUUGGCGUCUGAGCGGUGGAGGGCGAGGUUCCGAAAGGGUUUCCAGGACGUCACAAACCGAGUGACGGAAUUGACGAGGAAGGGAUGGUAG